UGUUGUUUUAAUUCAUCAAUCAUGUGUUUUCUUUGUUUUGUUUUUGCAGUUCUGCCAUUGUUACGCACCACCAUUGCGUUUCUACUUGUUUUGUUGUCGCCUGCUGCUUCAGACAUAAGUGGUUCUACCAAACGGAGACGAGAAGAGGUCGUUGUGCGCCGAGGUGCGGUCGCUACCGAUGAUGGAAGAUGUUCGAAAAUCGGGGUCGACGUUCUACGGAUUGGGGGACAUGCAGUCGAUGCAGCGGUGGCUGCUUCGCUUUGCUUGGGGGUCGUAAGCCCCGCAUCGAGUGGAAUAGGUGGCGGAGCCUUUAUGCUACUCAGGGAAGCUGAUGGGAAAGCACAAGCACUUGAUAUGAGAGAAACAGCUCCAUUGAAAGCUUCCAUGAAUAUGUAUGCUGGGAAUGGUGCUCUAAAGGCAAAAGGUGCCCUCUCUAUUGCAGUGCCCGGGGAACUUGCAGGACUUCACAAAGCUUGGAAGCAACAUGGGAGGCUUCCAUGGGAAAGGCUCGUGAAACCGGCCGAGGUUCUUGCUCGAAAAGGGUUCAAGGUUUCGAAAUAUCUCCGAAUGCAGAUGGAAAGUUCAAAAUCCGGAAUCUUGGCAGAUAAAGGGCUCCGAGACAUCUUAACAUUAAAUGGGGAGCUCCUGCAAGUAGGUGAUAUAUGUUACAACAAGAAACUAGCAGAAACCCUAAGAAAGAUUUCGAUAUCCGGUACCAAGCCGUUCUAUAACGGAUCGAUCGGAAUGAAUUUGGUAAUAGAUGUUCAAAGAGCUGGAGGAAUACUGACGUUAAACGACCUGAAAAGGUAUGAAGUUAAAAUGAGGGAACCGAUCUCAGCUAACAUUCUAGGCCUUAAAGUUCUUAGUAUGCCACCUCCUUCCUCGGGGGGUGUUUCAAUGGUGCUUGCAUUGAACAUCCUUACACAAUACGCAGUCCCUUCUGGUCUUUCGGGGUCGCUCGGAACUCAUAGACUAAUUGAAUCCUUGAAGCAUGCAUUUGCCGUGAGGACGGAUUUAGGUGAUCCGGAAUUCGUCGAUGUUUCGAAAGUCGUAGCCAAUAUGAUCUCUCCUGAGUUUGCGAAUAAGUUGAGGAAGACGAUCAAUGAUAACAUGACUUUUGGCCCCAUUCACUAUGGUGGAAGGUGGAGCCAAGUUCAUGACCAUGGCACGAGCCAUAUAUCCAUUGUUGAUAAAGAUCGAAACGCUGUUUCGAUGACUAGUACAGUGAAUGCGUAUUUCGGUUCAAAAAUACUGUCACCAAGUACUGGAAUACUCCUCAAUAAUGAAAUGGAUGACUUCUCCAUGCCUAAAAAUGGCUCCGAAAAUACCCCUCCACCGGCACCGGCAAACUUUGUCCGCCCCCGGAAAAGGCCAUUGUCCUCUAUGACGCCCACAAUUGUAUUGAAGGAUGAGAAGCUAAAAGGAGUGGUUGGUGCAAGUGGAGGAGCCAAUAUCAUUGCAGGGACUACAGAGGUUUUCUUAAACCAUUUCGCUCUAGGGAUCAAUCCGCUCUCAUCCGUAAUGGCUCCCAGGAUAUACCAUCAGUUGAUACCCAAUGUGGCGAUGUACGAGAACUGGACAACUGUGAUCGGGGACCAUUUCGAAGUACCAAGCACCAUCAGGAGAGAUCUUCAAAAGAAGGGUCAUAUUUUAAAAGGACUAGCUGGUGGGACGAUUAGCCAAUUUAUAGUUCAGAAUUUGGACGCUCAUAAGGGAAAUGGAAGCAUUGGAGAACUUGUGGCGGUCAGUGACCCAAGAAAAGGAAGAAAAGGAGGGUUCCCUGCUGGUUUUUGAUCCGCCAUUUUUUUGUAUUGGGACUUACUUUCUCUUCUGUGUAGAAAUAAAACCAGUUUU